GACAAAUGAUCCAACAUUGUCGUCGCAUCGACUCCGCAGUGAACACUACGCGCUCUGGUAGUGUAAUAUAAAUUUAAUAUUUUAAUUAAUAAAUAGGAACCACAAUGGCCUUCCGUUUCACGUCCUUGUUCGCGUUCGGUUGUGUGCUGCUUUUGGCGGCAUCCGCCUCCGUUUCGGGAGCUGCCAUCGACAAUGCGGUGACCCCGCGGAUCCACAGCUCCGACGAGCUGAUCUCGACCAUUGUGGAUAAGUGCUUCCAUGCCAAUGCCAUGCAUUGCCUCAAGGAGAAGGUGCUCAGCUACCUGGACACGGUGGCUAAUGUGGAGGAUGAGGUUAGCGGUCGUGCCCUAAGCGACGACGUCAUCGACAAGGUGAUUGUGGACCGUGUGGGCCGCAUUCUGAACACCAACGAGAUGAGGCUGCAGCUGCCACAGACCUUCUUCGCCGGAUCCGUGAUGACCUACCGCUCGGACCGUGGCUUCGACCUGGAGCUCCCCAAGGAGGAGGGCCGUGCCGAGAAAAAGAACAAGGACAAGCUCUUCCUGCCCCUGCUGCUGUUGAUGAAACUGAAGCUGAAGGUGGUCAUGCCCAUCCUGCUGGCUCUGAUCGGUCUGAAGGCCACCAAGGCUCUAAUCCUGUCCAAGAUCGCCAUCAAGCUGGUGCUCGGCUUCCUCAUCUACAACCUCAUCCAGAAGCUCGGCGGCAUGAAGAUGAACAUGGUGCCCAUGCCAGCCCCGGUUCCGGCCAGCGAAUACGGUGUGCCCAGCACCACUGCCUCCUCCUAUGACCCCAGCAGCUGGGAACCCAUGAGCGGAGGUCCCUAUGCCCGUUGGGACUCGCAGAACCUGGCCUACAGCUCCUACCACCCCAGCAGCUCGUCCUCGUACUCCUCUGGCUCCUCCUCGGGAUCCACCAGCUCCUCCAGCUACAGCUCGUCCUCCUAAAUCAGCAGGACUACAGCUAUUGUACAUAUCAAGGAUAAUUAGUGACUCUUGCCCCGGCGAGAUCACUGCGAGUCGCACAGACCAAAUGGAACCGGAACCUGCCCAGGCCAUACAUUUAGUUGUUAAGGGUUAAGCAUGCGAGAGUUUUAGCCAUUCUUCAGCUGUUACCACUCCCCCUCUUAGCCUCAUUUUCACAGCAUUCCAAUAUUCUUUUUCCCAUUCACUCUUCCCUGCACUAUACUUUCGUUCUUUUUGUCACCAAUCGACCAAAAAUCAAACUGAAUUGAAUUAUUAUUUAUUUAAUUUAUUAAAAAUGCAAAAA